AUGAUCAGGUAUCUCCAUAUCGAGCGACCCACGCAGCCAUUGAUCUACACCUUCAUCUCAUGGAACUCCGAGUCUAUGCUCCUCGUGCCCCCGCGUUCCGUCGACCCCGGCCGUGGCGCGCUCUACUUCAUCUCCGUGAAGCUCAACCUGAAUCCGUUUUCCCCACUGUCCUACAUCACUUCAGUGCACCGAGGAUCUGAUGCGGAGGGCGAGCUGAUUGGCGAGUUUGAGAUGGGCAUCACACACAAGCGCGCGACGGUGACGAUAGGGCAUUAUUCGACGAGGCUCAAGAAUAUGCUCUCGAGCGAUCCUCGUUCUCCUCGACAAUUCAGGUGGCGACAUGAGAAUGUCGAGCUUCGGUGGGACUGUCGCACGAUACUGGACGACGGCUCGCCAAUGUGUGUCUGUUCCGAUCGUUCCUCCUCGCAGCUGGCGUCAUUCGUCCCUCCCCCACUCGAUGCGUCACCACCACUGCCAAAUGCCACUCUUACUGUCUUCCCGGACGGCCACCGACUCUUUGACCAAAUUCUCCUCUCGGCAUUGGUGGUUGAACGGAAGCUGAUGUUGGCCGCAUGA